AUGGCAAUUUCGCGCUCACACACGUUUUCUCUCAUCGUGGCGCUGCUGCUGCUCGCCGCUUGCCACGCGGACGCAGCACCGACGGUGGCGCAAUUCCGGGCGGAACUCAACGCGCUGAAGGCGGUGUUGGUCAAGACGAAGGAAUACUCGGCGUUCGGGAAAGGCGUCGAUAAAAUGCUCAAGUACCCCGACGCGCAGCUGCCGCAGCUGUUCAACACGACGCUGCUGGUGCCGACGAACAAGGCGGUGUACGGCGUGGGGAUGAAGACGCUGCAGAACACAACGGCCAUGGAGGCCAUCGGCAAGUUCAACGUGCUGCAGCGCCAGUUCACCGCCGCACAGCUGCGAAAUCUUAAGCCCAACACGCUGCUGCGCACCAAGGCGCCCACCGACCUGCUGCAGCGCUACCUCUCUGUGGGCGCUAACGCUGGGAAGGCAGUGCUGGGCCCGCGGAACGCGACUGCUGCCGUGCAGGGGGUGGUGCUCUUUCCCGAUCUCUACACGGGCAAGUUCCUCAAGGCGCAUGGCCUCUCCGUGUUCUUCCGCCCCAAGGGCUACUGA